AUGAAACGUCUAAAAAAAUCGUCUAAAAACCUGCCAAGCCAAGCCCAACCAAACCCAGCCAAGCCCAGCCAAGCCCAGUCAAGCCCAGCCAAGCCCAGCCAAGCCCAGUCAAGCCGAGCCAAGCCCAGCCAAGCCCAGCCAAGCCCAGCCAAGCCAAGCCAAGCCAAGCCAAGCCAAGCCAAGCCAAGCCAAGCCAAGCCAAGCCAAGCCAAUCCAAGCCCAGCCCAGCCCAGCCCAGCCCAGCCCAGCCCAGCCCAGCUUAGCCCAGUCCAGUCCAGCCAAUCCAAGCAAAAAUAA